AUGUGUUUUUUUUCUUCGCAUUCUGCCUCUGCCUCUCGGAAAUGGCGAGCGAUUUUGAUGAGAGAUUUAAUAAAGCGCGCGCGGAAACGCGUCUUUUACUUUGAAACGCGAAAAUCGAGAGGGGUCUCGGAGAGAUAUUUUACGCGGAACAGAAUCGCACGGAGGAGAAUACUUACCCAUCGUGUGCUCGUUCGUCGAGGAUAUGCGAGAGAUGAGCGUGGUAUUCAUGCGCGCGCUUUUGCUUCACCUCGUUGUCGCCGGCCCUAUCUGAAACCUCUGGUCUCUCUUUUCCUUAAAAUACUAAUAAAUAACCUCUUUGACACGAUAGGCAACCAAAACGAUUUGUUCAAAACGACCAACGGUUCGGUGGUAACCAUGAUGCGUCACGGCAAGAAAUCACCGAAACUGAACCUCCCGGCGGACCAACGCAAAGCGUUGCUCCGAAACUUAACCACGGAAGUUCUGAGACACGGUUCGGUGACGUGCACCAUGGCGAGAGCGAAAGCGGUGAGAAAACCAAUCGAACACAUGAUUCAGUUGGCGAAAGACGGCGGCGAACACAAGAAGAGAGCCGCGUUGGGGUACAUUUACGAUAAGGAAGUUGUGGAUGCGUUGUUUGAAAAAGCGCCUGCGAGAUACGGCGAUAGAAACGGCGGGUACACUAGAAUCGUGAGAACGUUGAAGAGAAGAGGAGACUCGGCGGAGAUGGGGGUGAUUAAGCUCGUAUAA